GUCCUGUCCUGUCAUGUGCACCUGCAUGGCGCUGACCUGGAAUGCUCCGACAAGCCGUCUUGUGCGAGCAUGUCUUCAUCCUUCCGCCAAAGCCGAGCAUCGAGCAUCGAGCAUCGCUCAAGGGGCAGAGCAGAGCGCGCAUUCUCUCACUUCGUGCCGUCUUGCUAAUGUGCAUGUGCUGUAACGAGUCAAGUUUCUCAUUGGCUCUGCGCUUGAAGCCCAUCUUAUCAGGCCUCAAAGGUCUGGCGAGCGACGCUUAGGUAGACAUUCACAAGCGUCGCCUAGCCUUGCCUACAUUCAUGCGCCUUUACAACUCACAGACGCCGCUGGUGGUAGUGUACUCCUGCCCUUCGGCAUCCGCAGUCACGCGUGCGCGCCCACCCACCGCCAGCCCCGCGGUUCACCUUGUUGACGGCAAAUGAAACUUCCGUACGCGGUACCGCUGAACGGGCCAGAGGCCCAUGCAACAUCCGUUCGUCGACACACUCGGCACACGCAUCACAAGGUUUCGGCCGUGUUUGCAAAGGAAAAAGAGGGACAUGGCGCAACACGCAGUGUUCGCGACAGCGGCAAGGGUUACCCGCAAGAGGCGGAUGCGUCGGGAUCAACCCGAUUUCCGCGGUCCCAUGGGGCGCCCCUUGCCGCAUGCAUGCCCUGAUUGCCAUUCCGAAACCGUGGACAAAAGAUCGAAGCCGUGCGUGGGAACUUGGAGGCGGAUACAUGAUGUGUGGGAUGCGAGUUGCUACAGGGAAAGUGUAGAGUGAGCAGCGAAUAGAAUCCAGUUCCUCUGUUGCUCACAUCAGCUCGUGUGUGGUGAAUUGGGUGACUGUGGAUGUGCGCGAAGCGAGCCAAUGAUCGACAUUUU